UUCAUCAGACUCCAGUGCACUCAGGGAAUGUAAGAAGUGGACGAGAAAGAACAAAUACAAAUAAAAUGUCUAACAACGAAAAUACAGCUGAUUCCAUGAUCAUCUCCCUUGUUAAGACAACAGACAAGUCAAAGGAACACUUCAUCUUAAAUGCUGGCGAAAACGACUAUGAAUGUGAAGUGUGUGGUAAACGUUGCAGUAAUGGUACAAAGCUGAAGGCGCAUAUGAGAUCACAUAUUGAUAAAAAGACUUUCAACAUAUUUCAAUGUGAUAUAUGUAAUAAGAGGCUGAGUACAAAUCAUGGUUUAAAAAGACACAUCCUAUCACACACUGGUUAUACACCUUAUAAAUGUAAAGUUUGUGGUAAAGAGUGUAGUCAAAGUUUUAACUUAUUGCAACACAUGAAAUUGCAUACUGGUGAUAAACCUUUUAAAUGUGAUUUAUGUGGUAAAGAGUUUAGGCAGAAUGGUAAUUUACAGAGACACAUGAGAACACACACUGGUUAUACACCUUAUAAAUGUAAAGUGUGUGGUAAAGAGUUUAGUAAAAAAUGUAGCUUAUUGCAACACAUGAAAUUUCAUACAGAUGAUAAACCAUAUCAGUGUGAUGUAUGUGGUAAAGAGUUUAGGCAGAAUGGUAAUUUACAAACACACACGAGAACUCAUACUGGAGAUAAACCUUAUAAAUGUGAUUUAUGUGAAAAAGUUUUUAUGCAAUUAAGUGGUUUACAGAGACACACGACAAUACACACUGGUAAUAAACCUUUUAAAUGUGAUUCAUGUGAGAGAGAAUUUAGUUCUGUACAGAGCAUGAGGACCCAUAUGAGAACACACACCGGUGAUAAACCUUAUAAAUGUGAUGUAUGUGGUAAAAGGUUUAGUCAUAGUGGUAGCUUACAGAGACACAGUACUUUGCAUACUGGUGACAAAAAGUAUAAAUGUGACGAAUGCAGUAAAACUUACCCUAAUAGUCAUAGCUUACAGAUACACAUGAGAAUACACACUGGUGAUAAACCUUAUAAAUGUGAUGUAUGUGGUAAAGGAUUUAGUAGUGUACAUAUCAUAAGGACCCAUAUGAGAAUACUCACUGGUGAUAAACCUUUUAACUGUGAUGUAUGUGGAAGAGGAUUUAGUCAGUUUAUGAAUUCACAGACACAUAUAUGUAAUAAACCACAUUAGGACAUGUAGGAUAUGAUGCAUGAAAAAAUGCUGAGAAAGAACUUAUGCCACAU